GGGAGAACGGCAGAUAAUUGAUAUCAGGAAAAGCGAGAUUGUGGGGUCACGCCAAGUUGGCGGCGGCGCGUCCCGUAGGGUUCCUCGUGUCUCUCCUCCUCGUUCACGCCGUCCGCAUCUGAGGACGAGGAUCGGCGCCCUCUGAACGGCUGUCGACACACCUUAUAAGGCCGCCCAUAUAUGCGCAUCGAUCGUUAGUAGUCCAGCAGUAGGCGGUGAACAUCGCGACGAGUGGGACGUAAACCACAGCGCGCGAAGAGACCGACCGCGGACAGGUGGAUAAGGACGUACUACGUGCGUACAGUGGUGUGCGUGGCUCUUGUAUCCUUUUCCUUCAUCGGCACACCUGCAGCGGCAUGCCUGGAGAAGGAGCAAUGCCUGAGGCGGCAAUGAUCAGCACUGCCGAAGAUCCACGAGGUGUGGAGGGUCCUUCGGAGGCCGAGAAACCCGCCGAUGGAAGCUCGUUGAUUCGACAGAAAAAGGCAUGGCUCUUGGGUCUCGCCAUCUUGGGUGUGGCCACGAUGGUGAUCGUCGUGGUCGCCGUCUGCGCUACAACUUUUGGCCCUAAGAACCCGCCCAUAAAAGGCUACCUUGUCGAGUACCAGAAGCUCCCUGAUCACGAGGUAUACAGGCCGGAACCAUCGGCUGUCCUCAACGACACGGACCUAGAGCAGUGCGCCGCCAACUGUUCGACCAACCUCGAAUGGGAAUGCCAGCACGUGCAGUUUUGUGCUCGCGAAGGAACGCAGCGGGGAACCUGUCAUCUGUUCCACGCCAACACCAGGCUGCGCUCCUACUUGUCCCACAGCUGCGACGUCUACACUCGUGGAGACCCUGCAGAGACUGGCAUUCCACACGGAGGAGCAUCAUCGCUGAAGACAGGAGUUUGCGGAAGACUGUCCUGGAUUCUCUUGAGCCUGGUCGUGGCCGCCAUUUUUGUAGCCUGACCAUGGCAUGGCCGCGCUUCGACAGUGGAGCCAUCUGCUGGAAGACUGUUGACAUCCUCAACCGCAAUCGGCACUAUGCACACGUCUGCUCGGAAAAUACUCUGUGCCGGAAGAUGACACGUGAUCUGGGACUGCAUUGUGCACAGAUCUCUACGCUUAGUGAGAACAGCAAAGAUCCGGGCUUUUGUUGUCUUUGUCCUCACCAAAAUGUUAAUCUAUAGAAUGUUAAUUUAUAGUGCUUGGCCGAGUCGAGUUGGCAGUUAGUCAUGCCACUAAUGUCUCCGGUUCGCGCUCUCCAUUUUUGUUCUCCUUCGCCAGCUCUUGGGCGGGGGAACCUUUCCCGACGGUGAUAUAUCGCAUAAUACUCUUGUGAUCACAACAAGGCAGGAUAUGUUUGUACUGUUAUAGCACUGGUCCUUGAAACAGAUCUGCUAAUAAACCACAGCUAGUUCAUCGGGAAUGUGGGCUGCCCCUGCCCCCCCCCCCCCCCCCCCCCCCGACUCACGGAGCGGUGGGCAGUGCGCCCAUACUGUAUUCUCAUUCCACGUAUAUUCCAGCUCUAACUGAAAAAUAUUCGCCGAUGUUUUCUAUUGAACUAAAUGGAACGGUAUUCCGCGUAAAAUUGCAAGGCAUACUUUUUUUUUUUCAGAUACACAUAGCAGAACAUGUAGAACAGCCGCCAUUAUCCAGAAGAGUUUCAUACACCUGCAAAUAGCACGUAACCCCCCAAAACACUAUUUCGCACCACUCUACAUGGAACAUAGGCGUGCGAACAGAGUGGCAGGGCUACCAGGGGGGCAUGCCCUCUCCCCUUCCACCCUUUCGCUUCCCUUGGGAAGGGGCGGGCGCAACUUUAGUGCACAUUCGUCGCUUCCUUUUCCCGUGAGCCCCUUCGAUAGUUGCUUUUGUGUUCUGUUGACCAGGGCAUUGCGCUGUCUGCCAGCUAUAUGCUUCGGUCAUUCAUUCACCCAUUGGCCAGAAAGAAUGUAAGCUUUUGCAAACAAGCACAGGAUGUGUAAGAGCUAGAACAUUUAAUUACUCAGUUUAGCCGUGCUUGUUAGCAUCCCAAAUACUUCGUGCCUUCUGCCUUGAAAAGCACAAUGUAACAUAUCUUGUGUAGUAGCAGUAAACUUUAUUUUGUCCGAGAUGGGGUUUAGGGAGGGGGAAGUCGGAAGGGUCCGUCCUCUUCCUCGGGUGGCGACCAGACCUUGUGCUUUCGCGGCAUCUUCGAUCGGCCAUCUGGACGACCCGGAGUUUGAGAUCCGGGUGUGUGUGUACGUGUGUGUGUGUCUGUGUGUAUUAUAUAUUUUUGCGGGGACGGUAUAAAAGUUCACAAGUUACUGCAUUUGCUGUAAUACAUCAGCAUUCGCGCAGAGAUCUGUUGCAGAGUUCGCGAAUCUUGUAGUUUUACGACUUUCUACGGGUAUCCGUACACGUGUGACACGUGAAAUUGUACUUCGUUGCAUACAGUAACGUUUCGCUCAACUGUGUGAAGUGUUUGGACUCAAUAAAAUGUUACCGAAAAGACAAUCGAAUGCCCUCUCGAGCUGUUUGUUUGCAUGUGUGUCACGAUGCAAACUCGCGAACCCUCGGGUCGCGUUGUCUAUAUCCCGUCCCAAAGCAACACUAAGGCACGUAACAGUGGUGCCUCCGUAAUAAUGUUGACCAGCUGGGGUUCUUUAACGCGCGGUGUAAAGCACCACGAGUGUUCUUGCAUUUAGCCCCCAUCGAAAUGAUGCCGCAGCAGGUGGGAUCGUACCCGCGACCUCGUGCUCUCUAGCAGAACUCCACGGGAUAUAUACUGCGCCAUCACGGCGUGUCAGAUCAGUUCUGCCGAGGCCCACCAAGAGAUUACUAUAAUCGCUUGCUGCUAAUAUUAAGGAAGUAUGGUGUCAUUUUUUUUUCUUUAGUAGCUGUCGCGUUAUUUUGAGGGCAUUUAAACAUGCGCUUACAGUAAAAUUGCAUUCCUCGAUAGUUCAGCGACUUGACCGUCCUGUCUUAAUAUUUUUUCACUUCGUGUAAUUUCGCGCUGUCUUAUGUUUUCAGGUAUGGAUUACCAACCGCGCCCAGCAAUAAUGGUUCCCUUGAAGCCCGCGAUGUGGCGGAAUGUUAACGAAAUGGGAGGGGAAAAAAAUUGCCAUCCACGCGACAGCAGCACGACGCUAUACAAAGGGAACCGGCACGUGCGGGUUCGACAGAAAGAAAGCUUUGCAAUUGAACAGAAAUUCGUCCUUGUCCGCGGAUCGAACUGCCAGAAUCGGGAGGCCAGCAGAGCGAGGGCAAAUCAUUCGACAGCUCGACGCACGGACACACUGAAUACGGCAAACCUUUCCUGGGAAAGUCAAUGAAAGGGAAAAUUGAAGCGCUGAAUCGUAACGCUGAGCCAAGCAACACGAAAUGUCACACUGCCCUGUUGCAAAAAGCCGUGCCCUCGCCCUCACUUCGUUACCUGCGGCGCUUGUCAUCUUCUGUUCCUUUUGCCAUCUCGCUAUUCGUAUAAAUAAAACGAUCCCAGUAACAAAGGCUUUGUUGGAAGUUUAGGCAGGCUAUUACCUUAUUCCAUCUGUGUGCGUACAACGGUUUCUGCUAGCUAAAUAAAGUUUGGUUAUGGGAUUAACACCAUCCAGCCGAAUCUCCUCCCGAUGGUUCGAAUCCAGCCGAUGCUACAGGUUUCCAAAUAGGCGCCGUUAGGCUUGUAAUAAAAUGGUAGUGCAGUUUCCCUCACUAACAAAACGCUGUUCCGUGCAUUGAAGCACAAGAAAUAACUGGAACGAUAAUGGAUAACACUUUAGAAAUGGACAUCUCAAUAUUUACAACACUGGUGUCAUAUCCUCACAAUUAGUUGCUAAUGGAUAUCAAUUGCCUUGCGAAUUUACCAGCUACGAGUCUGAAAUUGCAUUACAUGCAGUAAAUUAAGUAAUUAUUUAAACAUUUUAUUAGUAAACUUUUCUUUUAUUAAUCUAUUGUGCAAGUACCCCCCCCUUCGAGUAUUACGGCUCAAAGACAGAAAUUGCGAUAUCAAUUAUGCAUCGUCUAAAAACAGCGCGCGCACACAAACGAACAAUGCACGCAGUAAAUAUCAACCACCAAACCUGAUUACGCCACGCAUAUUUAACCACAGUUUCCCUAGAAGCGUACAAACAGCGUUUCUAGGUUUGUACUUAAAACAUGUUCAACAAAAGAAAACUUGAUUAAGGUCAUUUCCUUGCAAUUAACGCCUCGUUUAUGAUGUGAAAACGCAUUAAACCCUAGUUACACUUCGCAAAUAGCGUUAAUCAUUGCCACUUCAAUGUCAUCAUCAACAGCAACGUUAUUGCCGUGCAUUCGUAGGAAAAAUUCUUAUUCCGCUGUCUAAAUUUCGAUGACACCUUAUAGUUAGCAUGGAUCAGGUCUUUUUUUUUUUUGGCACUCCUGUCUUGGGCUUUCUUCUGUUAUAUAGCGCGCCGUCAUAUCGAUCUAAUGCAGUGUUGUAUCUUGAGUUGUGUCAUAGUUGAAAUAUCCUGUGGGUUAUAUAGUAAAACCUCGUUAUCAAAAAGUUGAAGGCGGUAGCAAAAUCACUUCGUUAUAUCAAUUACUUUGUUAUAUCCAUUGUUGUGUAUUAUGCAAUAUCAAUUUCUAUGGGGAUUUCAAGAGGAAGUUCACUUACUUCGUUAUUUCCGUUAUUCCGUUAUUCCCAGUUUUAAAUGCGUGAUCAGUUCUAUGCCUACCCAACGAGGAAACCCGUCCGUCCGUCGCGUAACACGGUAUAGGUUUCAAGAUGGGACCUGCAGCAGCGAGCGAAUGGACCUUCGUGAUGCCUCUCGCUUCAACGCAAACUAAGCGGUGACAACACAGCGCACACGAAGCUAUCAGUACUCGGCGAAGUCUGUCCCCAUCGCAGAUCGCUUUCAAGUUAUGUAGGGCCCACGCGGUCGCGCCAUACCCAGCUGCCGCCGGAGUACGGUCGAUCACGGUCGAUGAUGGUUCGGCGCGGACGGAUAAUGCGCUAAAGAGCGAUAACGGCUUAUAGUGAUCGGAACAUCGCCAUCGCACCUGGCGCCCCACCUGUAGUAGUUUUUUUGGGUCAUAUCAAUUCACCUUGCGCCGCCGUCCGCAGCAGCAGUUCGUGUCGUCGCAGCGCUGUCGCCUCUGAUCGAUCGCUCAAUCAAUCA